AUGUCUGGAGCCGCCUGGGAUACCGAGGCUGUCAAGAUUGGCAAGAAUGCCCACAAUGGCGCCGGCGGCCCGCGCGAGAAGGUGAUCAAGAGCCAGUCGGCGCUCAAUGCCGCGAAGCGGUCUGGCGCGGCCGUGGCCACGGAGAAGAAGUACACAACCGGCAAUGCGGCCACAAAGCCCGCCGUCGAGGGCCAGCGGCUGACAAUGGUCGACCGGUCGGACGACGUGGUGCCGGUGAAGAAGGUCAGCAAGGAGGUGUCGGACGCGCUCAAGGCGGCGCGCAAGGCGUUCGUGACGGCCGACGGCAAGGAGCUCACACAGAAGGAGCUGGCGACCAAGGCCAGCACGGCCGUGGCCAACAUCAUCGCGAUAGAGUCUGGCAAGGCGACGCCCGACCAGAAGGUGCUGACAGCCCUGGAGCGCGCUCUCAACACCAAGCUGCGCGGCAAGAACAUGGGCCAGCCCCUGCACGCGCCAAAGGCGGCCCCGGCCGCGGCGGCGGCUAAGAAGUGA